UGUCGGCGUGUGUGUGCGUGGUGUGUGUGUGCGUGUGUGUCUGUUAGCUAGCCGCUAGCUAUCAUCAUCACCAUCAACAACCGCAGGGACGACGCGAACAUGGCGGACACAGCCCGGGACCCUCCACCGCAGCCCGCCGACAUCAACGAGCUGAAGGACGGGGAGAACCUGCACCCGAAGCCGGCCGCCACACAGGAGUCAGAACCUGCCAGUCUACCGGCUCUAGACAUCAGCAGCAACUCAAACGGACCGAAACAAGAUUCACUGUUCAAAGACGAUCCAGAGGACCUGUUUGCAGAGGCCACAGAGGAGGUGUCGUUGGACAGUCCAGAGAGAGACGUCCUGCUGUCUGACGGCCCCUCGCCUGCCAUCACCCCCAUCACCCCUCCCAUCUCCGUCAUCACGCCUCGCAUCGGACACGCCCACGACGACAUGUACACACACUCCUCCUUCGACGAGAUCGAGGAGGAGGAGGGUGGCGAUUCAAUCGACAUGCACAUAGCGGUGUCUGACCCCGAGAAAGUGGGGGACGGGAUGAACGCAUACAUGGCCUACAAAGUCACCACGAAGACCUCUCUGUCUUUGUUUCAGACGGGCGAGUUUUCAGUAAAAAGGCGUUUCAGUGAUUUCCUCGGCCUGCACAGUAAACUGGCCUCAAAGUACCUGCAUGUAGGAUACAUCGUCCCCCCGGCACCGGAGAAAAGCAUUGUGGGGAUGACCAAGGUGAAGGUGGGGAAGGAGGACCAGUCGUCCAACGACUUUGUGGAGAAGAGGAGGUCGGCGCUCGAGAGAUAUCUGAUGAGGACAGUGAAACAUCCCAUCCUGCUGAAGGAUCCCGACGUGCUGCUGUUCCUGGAGAGCUCAGAGUUACCGCGGGCCGUCAGCACUCAGGCUCUGAGCAGCGCCGGACUCCUCCGGAUGGUCAACAAGGCGGCUGACGCCGUCAACAAGAUGACCAUCAAGAUGAACGAGUCGGACGCUUGGUUCGAGGAGAAGCAGCAGCAUUUCGAGAAUCUGGACGUUCAGCUGAGGAAGCUUCACAUGAGCGUGGAGUCUCUGGUCUGUCACAGGAAAGAGCUGUCGGUGAACACGGCGCAGUUCGCCAAGUCGGCGGCCAUGUUGGGGAACAGCGAGGACCACACGGCUCUGUCCCGCGCUCUGUCCCAGCUCGCCGAGGUGGAGGAGAAGAUCGACCAGCUGCACCAGGACCAGGCCAACGCGGACUUCCACCUCUUCUCCGAGCUACUGGGAGACUACGUCCGCCUCAUCACCGCCGUCAAGGGUGUGUUUGACCACCGCAUGAAGACGUGGCAGAAGUGGCAGGACACUCAGAUGCUGCUGCUGAAGAAACGAGAAGCUGAAGCCAAACUGCAGCACACCAACAAACCGGACAAGCUGCAGCAGGCCAAAGACGAGAUCAAAGAGGAGAUUGAGGAGCUGGAGGUGAAGGUCCAACAGGGAGAGAGAGACUUUGAGCAAAUCUCUAAAACCAUCCGCAAAGAAGUCAGCAGGUUUGAGAAAGAGAGAGUGAAGGACUUUAAAGCGAUCAUUAUUAAAUACCUGGAGUCACUGGUUCAGACACAACAGCAGCUGAUUAAAUACUGGGAGGCCUUCUUACCCGAGGCGAAGGCCAUCUCAUAGAGUCCACACAAACACAACAGACAGUCCUGACUGGCUCCGGUCAAACUACACUACCCAUAAUGCACCAGUCCCCGUCGGAUCACCCUCUUCCUCCUCCUGUUAACGAAGAAGAGGAGCGACUCUUUCUGCAGUAAAAGAAAAAAAAUCAACAGCGAAACUCAGACUGACAUCUUUUCUUCUUCUUCUUCUUUCUGUCUGCUGAACUCUGUGAUGCGUUCAAGUCCUGUGGGAAUUAUUAGCUUCUGCAUUUUUGCACUCCACAUAAUGUUUGCUUCUGAGGGUGAUCAGAAUUAAGGGUGUCAGAUUAAAACAAAUGUGAAGUACGAGUUACAACGGGGAACUUUUAAAUAAAAUAAAAAACGUGUUGAUUUUAUGUUAAUCCCAUGCAACCUGAACGCAGCACGAGUCAUGACCCUGGUGAUGGUUUUUUUUUUUCUGCACAUAAUUAGAUUCUAUUUGGUAUGGUGUCCUUUUUAAACAACCACGUCGCUGUCAUUUGUUUAUCCCGACACGAGGGGAGCGGAGAAGAGGUGAUGGCGGUGGAAGAAUCUCACUCUGUUAAAAACUGUUUAUGUUUAUUAACCUCCAUUUCCCUCCACAAAAACAGAUAUCCAUAUUCAAAGGUAAAGACAUAUUAUAUUGUUUUCCCAGUGAGUUCUCUCUUACAAUGUAUGGAAGCACAUUGUCGCCAAAAACUGAAAAUAUAGAAGUAAGAAGAUUUAAAAAAGUAAAUAUUUAAAAAUGUGCGUUCGCGAUGUUGAAGAGAUUUUGAAGCUCUGAAAAAAGUCAAAAUUAUGAGACACUGAAUGUAUAUAAAAAAAAAAUAGAGAGAGCUUUACUCACACCAUCCAGCAACAGAGUCUGAAGCUCUCUGAUUGGAUGUGUCUUGCUGCAGUGUUCUCUGGGAAAUGUAGUUCUGUUUUCUCUCCCAAUGCAGCUUCAACUUUUAGAUUUCUUUCUGUAAAGCAGCGUGUGUCUUUGUGUUUUUUAAAAGCAGGAUUAUAACAUUCAACAGGCUUUUUAUUUUAUUUUUACCUUUAUCGAGCACUAUCGGUUGCCAUGGUAACAGCGCUAACAUGCGGAUCUAAAUGGCGUAUUAAGUUCACCUCUCAGUCGAACUAUCCAAGCUGUUCCGGAGUCAGUUUGCAGAAGGACGACCGACUGCAGCCUUUGCUAUUUUGUGUCUUGUACUUCCUGUCACCUGGUCAGUCUCCUCGCUUCCUGGCAUACCUGUCAAAAUAAGAGCCUUUACUUGAUGCUUUGUUGCUGUAUGACCGAAAAAGUGAAGGCAACACUUUCAGUUUCUGAACGUCUUUGAGCUGAAGAGAGCAGAGGAGGAAGAAUCUCACCUCCUGAUGUCGUUCACGGCAGGUUUUUAAACAUUUCCAGGUCGUGAAAGUUUCUUUAUUUCCUCUUUAAAACUGUAGAGAA